AUGAUGUCCCUUCUCUACGGCUUGGGUCAGUUAUACUGGCUAGGAUCAGACAUCAAAAAGGAGUCGACAAUGGAAUUGCACUAUGCUCUCGGCGAAUAUGAUGUUCACACCCUCAUGCGCAGUUUAACACCGAAGUGCGAGCAUCUAUUGGUCAGCUGUGUCUGGGACACAUCUCCGAUUCAUUGUUUGAAGUUGUUUGACUUUCGGCUCACUAUGAACGGCUACUGCUGCACUUUCAACUACUUGCGACUGUACGACUCUAUAUUCCAAGAUAAAACAAGCAAUACGAGAACAAUAAAUAUGUACAGAUACGGCAACAAAUCAUCAUUUGAUUUUGAUCAAGGACUUAAAGUUUUGCUACGUCUUAAUGAAAGUGAUGAUUUCUUCUACAACAUACCGUUGCAAGGCGCGCAGUUGCAGUUCUCUGAUGCAUAUGACUUUCCUGACUCACCGAGUGGCAGCUUUGCUAUGCAAAUCAUAAGUCCCAGUGUUGAAAUGACGGUAAUGGUAACAGCAAGUAUAACAAAGGCGUCUCGAGAUAUUCAACACGUUCCGAUAAAAUUGAGGAAAUGUAGAUUCUACGACGAAUCCUCGUAUCUACCGUUCUAUACGUACAGCGAUUGUAUGCUGAAGUGUAGAAUGGAAUUCCUAUUGGACAAUUGUAACUGCACGCCGUUCAAUAUGCCCAAGAUGGAGUACGUCAGGACUUGUAACAUGAAAGAUGUGCCGUGUUUACAAGAGUAUUAUGCUCAAUCUAUAUCAGUACGACCAAAUGUCGACCAUGUGCCUGAUGAAUUAGAGUUGGAAUCAGUUAACGGAGGAAUCUACUGCCCGAUGUGCUACCCAACUUGUUCAAAGACGGAUUACAGUUAUGAUUUCCACAAUGUAUUAAUUUAUCCAGAGUACCUCAAUAAUAUACCUGACCAUAAUCGAGAUCCUUGGCUGCAAGGCGUAAAUUAUACCGGAACCUCGCUGGUAAACGUGAGGUAUGCGAGAGAUGUGGCCGACUGCUACGGACAGAAUGUUAUUAUGAAGUGGUUCGAUUUGAUCAGUAACAUUGGAUCCACAUGCGGCUUCAUAACAGGUUUCAGCUUCGUUUCCGUGCUAGAAUUCAUCUACUUCUUCACCAUCAAGUUGAUGCGUGAGAUCCGAAUCAGGCGCCAAAGAGUUCAGAACAGUACUAAAGUCGUCUUGGAAUUCCAUGGUUCAGGACCCAUAGAGCCUAUGAAACGAUACAGGCCUAUAUAUUGGAAUGAAAUAACGCCAAGCAUAGGCCCGAAAUCUACUUAA